ACGGCGCACAGGAACUUUAAGUCUGGGCCAACCGCAGCAAAAGAGCAACUUUAUCACUACGUUGCAUUUACACAAAGUAGCUACUGUAGCUAGCCAAGCAGCCGUUCCCACCUGGUCCGAUUCCAUUCAAGUUCCAAAUCGUGCAUCUCUUCGUAACUUUCGGGCUCUCCAUCCAGAAGCAUGCAAACCGCAGGGAAAAGAAGCGAAUGAGUGAGUGGAAAAGAACCGGCAGGUGCAGGUAGUCCUCCGAUGGGCGAUGGGCGGCCUCUCUGCUCGCCGCUGGUGCAGCCGUUUCGCGGCCGUGCUUUGCCUCUGCGCGACCUUCUGUGAACCAGAUGUCGUCCGGACGGAUCCUGUGCCGAACUUGCCCGCGAGGUCGCUGGAAUGCUUCGAGGACGGCCAGGUGUACAGCUGCUGCGAGGGCGCGUACAGGCUGAACCCGUCGGGGAUCAUCGCCGUGCCGAUUGGGGUGGUGGACUACUACUGCGGCGGGGCGUGCGUGGUGGAGACGGAGGACGUGCUCAACUGCGUGGCCAGCGCGCUGGACGGCUUCGCCUUCUACAACGGCGCCUCCGUCGAGGACGUGCGCUACGCCCUCAGGAGGGGCUGUAGCCACACCGUCAGAAGAGGGGAUUUCAACGAUUUGGAGCCACAUAUGGGCGACUACCCGGACAUCUACGGCGACUACGACAGCAACGAUGGCACCAAAGUUGCCGCUCCUCUGAGGUUGCUCGCAUUUCUCGCCGGCGCCUGGCUGCUGUUCAUUGGUCCCUGAAGAUAGUGUAUUGUACUGACUUUACGCGUCAAUGAUGACUUAAAACGUACCUUGCUCCUGUCGUGCAGGGCAUGUUUUUUUCUCUCCCCAAGGGAGUAUAUUAUGUACCCUAUCGCACCGAGCUACGCACAGUGCAGGCUGGUCUGCAAUGUUUAAAUCGCAACAUAGUAAAUUUACGGUUGAGCUCAAGAAGUGAAAA